AAACUUGGCAGAAUUGGCUUUGAACGAUUACUUCGAUUUGUUUUUUAACAGGAAAAAGAAAAAUUCUUGAAUUUUUGCCAAUUAUUUGCUAUUAAUUUGCGUAACCACAUUUAAUUGCAAUAUUAAGAAAGCGAUAAUGGUUUUCAAGUGCCAGGAAGAUAGCUUUCUAAAGCAGUUUACAACCAAAGUCGUAAAUUGUGAGCCAGCUUCACUUCAAUGGUGUCCUCCCGGCAUAACGGAAUCACAAGAGCUAACUGGCUUUAAUGUGAUUUUAGAAGAUACAAUUUUGUUUCCUGAGGGUGGAGGGCAACCUUGUGAUUAUGGAACCAUAAAUGGGGAGCCAGUCCGUAGUGUGGCACGAAGAGGCUCAGAAGCUGUCCACUUUGUAGAAUCAAGUAAAAGUUUUGAGGAGGGUACACAAGUGCAACAGCGACUUGACUGGCAACGUCGUCUAGAUCAUAUGCAACAACACUCGGGACAACAUUUGAUUACCGAACUCUUCGAUUCGGAAUUCAACUAUGAAACCAAUUCAUGGUGGUUGGGUUCCGAGAUGUGUUAUAUUGAAUUGAAUACCAAGCACUUAUUAAGUCGCGAAUCUUUAGACUUAAUUGAAAGUAAGGCUAAUGAUAUAAUUAUAGAGGGGAAAGAGGUAAAAGUGGUUCUUAUAGAUCCAGCAUCAGCAGAGAUGGAUGGAGUUAGAGCGCGUAAUCUGCCUAAAGAUGUCGAAGGGCCGGUGCGUGUGAUACGCAUAGAUGGUCAGCGGGAUAAUAUGUGUUGCGGUACUCAUGUCUCUAAUUUAUCACAGUUGCAAGCCAUUAAACUUUUGUUUGCGGAGAAAACAAAAACUGGCAUUAAUGUUUAUUUUGUCGCCGGCCUACGUGUUAUUAAACGUUUGGGUGAUUGCUUUCAACGCGAGCAGCAAUUAAAUCUAGCGUUCAAAGGAGGUCCCACUCAACACUUGGACUUGUUGCAAAAAUUGCAAAAUAACCUAAAGGCCACACGAAAAUCGUUUCAAAAAAUUCUUAAAGAUUUGGCCAUCAUAGAGGCAGAGAAGUUAGAAGCCAUGCCUAGACCUUUGCCAAAAUAUUUUUCUUUGCAUCGUAAAGAUGGCAUAGAAGUUGAAUUUAUUAACACUUUCUUAAGACAUGCACCUGAGGAAAUUGGUUUAUAUUUUCUUACUGUGUCUGAAGCGCCAGUUGGUAAUAGCCCUACUAAAGGUCACAUGGUGUUAAGAGGACAACCGAAUCUUGUAGAUCACUUUUCCACAAAAUUUUUGAAAAUUCUCGAAGGCAAAGGUAGUGGUAAAGAUGGCAAUUUCCAAGGAAAAAUUAACAACGUGAAAGAAAUACCGGAAUGUGAGGCUUUGUUGGAUGAAUACUUUCAACCAGAGAAGUCUGUAGCUCGGGCUUCAUAAACAUUUUAGUAUAUUAAUAAUAAAAAAAGAAACAUAAUUACAGAUAA